GGGAGGGAAUUGACUGUAAAUCAUCUCAAUUUGAACCAUGGCACAACCAACGUCUGUCUGUCCAAGCUACUCUUGUAUAGCCGUCCGAAAUGAUCUCAUGCGACCUCCUUCGACAUGCGAACAAUUCGGCUAUAAAUAAAUGUCACAUCACCAUACUUAUCUACCCACCGGUACUCCACUUUAUCCCCCCUUACUAAUCUCCUCGCACCAACCAAUCCUAUUCCAAUCCCCCAACUCCACUAACCCCUCCAAAGCGCCGACGUAUCAAUAUCAAUAUCCCGAAAUACACUCAUACCCCCAAUCCCCUUUCCUACUUCCAAAACUCCCCCCUCUUCCUCACCAUCACCAUCACCAUCACAGUCUACAUCUAAAUUACAAUCCCACCGCAACAAUGGUUCUCGUCCACAUAGUCCUCUUCCAAUUCAAACCAAACACUCACAAAGACCAAAUUGACGAUUUAUGCAAACACAUGCUCUCGCUCCCAACUCUGUGCAUACAUCCAGAGUCCCAUAAACCGUAUAUCCUAGAAUCUUCUGGCGGGAGGGAUAAUUCGCCAGAGGGCCAUCAAGUAGGCGGCUUCUCUCGUGGCUUCGUGUUUCAUUUUGCUUCCUCCGCCGAUCGAGAUUACUACGUGAAUGAAGACCCAGCUCAUCUAGAAUUUGCGAAGAAAGCGGGAGGGAUAGUGCAGAAUGUUAGAGUUGUUGAUUAUGAGAUGGGUGUUUUCUAGAGAGCGGAGGUAGGGUUGUGGAAGUCGAUUGAUGGGAUGGGUGGGAUCGGGGUGCUUAGGAUGAUGGUAAUGAAAACGUGAUAUAAUACCAAUUAUCAAAACAGAAGAAUUCAGACAGAAGAGAUCAAUAGUGCUAAAGACUAUUAGAGAGAAAAAGAGUACUGAAGAAACAUUCGACAAAUCUAUUAGUGUCAUA